AUAAAGCCAAAACCAAAGUUGCUUUCUCAACACAUGUUACAAGUUAACUGGACCUUCACACCAAAAAUUUUGCCUCUAUAGUGACUUGAUCUUUAGGAAUGAAAAUUAAAAAGAACCCAAAAAACACCAAGAAACAGAGGAUUAACGGAAAAAAUGGCAGGAUCAGUGACGCCCUCAGUUUUCUCCAUCAAUUUAGCCAGAAAAGUUGCUUCAACCAGAUGUGAAUCAUGUCAAACUAAGUUAAUACCCUCGUUUCAGAAGAUCCCGGGUUCAUUUUUCUCAAGGAUUAAUCCUCAGCUUAGCAGGAUUAGCUCAAAAAGAUUGAAUGCAGGUUUAUCAGAAAUAGAGCCUGACCUGAAUGAAGAUUUUGUGGACCGCUGGAGAACGAACGGAAUUGAAGAGGAUGACUUUAAGUUUGGAUAUUAUGAUGAUCACCAUACUUACUAUGAAGGUGACGAUAAAGGAACAUUUUGGGGAUCGAUUGCAGAAGGUUAUGCAGCAAUGGGACCUCCUACAGGAUUCCAAGGUCUUAUUUCUUGGCUAUUCCUGCCAGCAAUUGCUGCUGGCAUGUACUUCAAUGUACCGGGAGAGUACUUGUAUAUUGGAGCAGUUGUUUUUGCUGCAGUAUUUUGCAUUAUUGAGAUGGGUAAGCCAAGUGAACCACACAACUUUGAGCCUCAAAUAUACAACAUGGAGAGAGGUGCUCGUGAUAAGCUAAUAAAUGAUUACAAUACGAUGGAUAUAUGGGAUUUCAAUGAAAAGUAUGGGGACCUUUGGGAUUUCACUGUGACGAAGGAUGACAUAAUGAAGAGAUAAAUUUGAUCAGAAGCAAGAAAUUAAUGAUGCAGAGGUUGAUACAGACUUUAUUCUGUAAGUUAUCGUUUUUGACUCCUCCCUUGCUGAAUGUUUGAGAAAUUAUGCAAGAGAUUUGAUAUUCGAAUCCCGCUCUUGGCAAGAUUAUGCAGGAAUGGAUAGGAAACCUUAGCUCUGAAGCGUUAGCAAACAGGAAAUGCUCUGAAGAAUUGAUUACAGAAAUUUCAGAAAGAAAGAAGGACAGAGAACUUUACUAUAAGAUAGUAUAUAAUAGCUCUUCCAUCAUUGAGUUUUAAUGUUCCCCACAAUACACGUAAAUGCUGCAAUAAUAGCAGAAUGGUAUCAAAAAUUCUUUUUCCAUUUAAUUCCAUUUAAUGGUUCUGCAGAAAUGCAUCAUUCCCUGCAGUGGAAAUGCAUGCCAAGAAUAUCCUUUUGGCAGGUUUCUAGAUAUCUAGCAUUCUCACGGAGGAGGGGCUGGAACGGUUGUCUCUUACAACCGUUCCGGAAGGUUCACGGCCAUGAUUAGGUCAAAAAAAUUUGUGCGGUUCAGAUCACUCUUUGUAACUCGAUUUUCACGUCGUGUGGGAUCCACAAAAAUGUUGUUCUAGUGUUA